AUGGCAAGAGCUGCGUUGGGUGUCGGUCUCCUCAUUUUCACCGGGCUGCUGAAUGUGUGUUUCGAGGAGUCGAUACGGCAAAGCUGCUUCCACGUCAAUUCAACUCAGCGAAUAGAGGAAUGUUUCGACCAGCGACAAGCCAUCUUCCUCGGCAUCGUUUUUUCCAUCUUGCGCAUUAUCACAUAUAAAAUUGAAGUCAUUUUAGUAAGCAGGCGACCAAGGUGCCUUGCAAAGCAAGCCUCACCAGGGCACCACAUCGGCUUUGCUCUGGGAUUACCAUAUGUGAUCAGAAAACUCCUACUUUCUACGCUACUUCAACCUUCGCCCUUUUUAAACGGGUCUGCCUUCAUGCUGUCCUGUGUUGUGUUUUAUCCGUAUGCGAGAGACUUAUUUACGCUGUGCAAACUGGUGCUUUAUGGAAUACAGAGGAGGUUCUACAACACAAACCACGACUUCAUCUUCACAGCUAUCGCUCUUUACAUUUACUUCAGCGUCUUGACUAUUGAAUUUUUCGAUGUGUCAUCGGGGCUCUACUGUUCGCAACGUUUUCUGGGACUUCCACUCAUUUUCCCCAACAUCAAUUUCCCGCUACUGCUUUACGUCGCUCACAAUUCCGUGAUAGCGCACCACAAGCGGAUGCCACUAAUUGUCUAUGAGGUUAACGAAGAGGACUGCUUCGUGCAACUCCAUAGAUUGCGCUGUUUGUGUCAAAAAGAUUGUCCUGAUCUAUCAUAUACAGUUCGUUUUCCUAUUGCACCUUCAGUGGCCACGACUAAGGAUAGGCGUCUCAUAGAAGGACGAAUUGUGCAAGUGUGUAAUAAGUGGUAA